AUGAGUUGUUUUCGCCUACCAGCUGGAAUAUGUGAUAAGAUGCAAACUACAGUUUCAAAUCAUUGGUGGGGUAUUGAAAACGGAAGGAAGAAAAUGCAUUGGUGUUCAUGGGAGUGGCUGACUACACCAAAAGCAAUGGGUGGCAUGGGUUUUCGGGACAUGGAGCUUUUUAAUCAAGCAAUGCUCGGAAAACAAUGCUGGAGAAUUCUCACAUGCCAAGAUUCUCUUUGUUCAAAGGUGCUGAAAGGUCGAUACUUUCCUCAUUGUGAUUUUUGGCAAGCACCUCAGCCAAGAAGCUCAUCUUACACAUGGCGCAGUUUGAUGCAUGGAAAGAAACUUCUAGAGAAAGAUGAAGAAACAAAGAAUUGGAAUGAAGCCAUCAUUAGAACAUGCUUUAGCAAUGAAGAUGCAGAAAAGAUCCUACAGAUUCCAUUGAGCAGUACAUCAUGUGACAAUUUUCCAGCUUGGCCACUUUCCAAAUCAGGCACCACCAAAGAUGAAGAUUGUGCUUUGGCGUAUGGCUCAAGACUGUUUGCCAACAGUAUGCAUCUGAGGUUUGGCGCGAAAUAAAAAGGUCUUUUGGCUUCAAAUGUAAAAUCCGAUAUCCAGUCUCGAUGAAGCAAUGGCUAUUUGACUUCCUAUCUACUGCAACUGAAGACGAAGCAACAAUUUUUACUAUCACUGUGUGGCAUGUGUGGGAGGCAAGAAAUUCAGUUCGCAAUGGUGAAAAACAAGUUCAUCCCAAAAUAAUUGCGGAGAAGGCGAAAGCUUAUGUACAAAUGGCCUUGCUGCACUUAUUUAAACCACCGACAUCACAUAGGUGUGAGUCUGAUUGUUCCAUUACAAAGUGGACU